AUGUCGACAGUGUUCAAGAAAUUUCGAACUGGCAUUUUUUCUGCUGGCGCGUUUGCUCUUGGAUUAGCCACUGAAAGACACUUUCACUUGUACGCCGAUGCCCCUGAUCAACCUAUUCAUUCGGUUGAUACUGUUGACGGAUUUUUGCCUGGCAAACCAGGAAAUGUCGGCGUCACUGAAAGCUAUACUUCACGUAUUGCACGUUUUGGGUUUCCUACAUUAGAUUCUUUAAGAUCGUACCCAAACUUUGUUGUCAGUUAUGACCGCCGAAACCGCAUUUCCAAUUGGGUUAUGGAACACUUAACCCGAGAAAACUUAAAAUCUGAUUCAUAUGAUCGAAAAGGUAUUGAGUUUGUUGAAGAUAAAUCAGUUCAUCAUUUUUUUCGUGCCACUAAUCAAGACUACAAGGGUUCAGGUUAUGAUCGGGGUCACCUUGCAGCGGCAGGCAACUAUCGAUCCAAUCCUGAACACAUAAAAGAAACUUUUGUGCUCUCAAAUGUUGCUCCACAAGUUGGAAAAGGAUUUAACCGAGACAAAUGGAAUGAACUAGAACAGUAUUGCCGUAAAAAGGUCCACGAAGUCGGUCAAGCCUGGAUUUGCACUGGCCCUCUUUUUUUACCACAACGUGAUCCGUCUAAUGGAAAACUUAUGAUCAAGUAUGAAGUAAUCGGACAUAAUCACGUUUCUGUUCCAACACAUUUUUUCAAGAUAAUUCUAUAUGAAUCUCGCGGAACCUAUUUUAUGGAAAGUUUCAUGCUUCCAAACACUGUUAUUCCUGAUGAGAAACCUUUGAACAUGUUUCGCAUUGAUCCUGAAGUCAUUGAAAGAUCUGCUGGUAUUAUUCUUUUUAACAGAUUGCCACGCAAUCAGAUAAAGUUGAUCAAAUAA